GAAGCCUGAGCCCCACAUUCCAUUCCUGUUACCUUUAAACUUGCCCCAGCUGCUGCAGUUGGACCCUGAGCGGCCAGCUCACUGCUGGGACCUGAACUUGCUUCUCUCAUUGAGGAGGCUGUGCUGAGUGUCCAAGCCUGUGGGGAGAGCUUCAGGAGGAGCAUCUCCAGGGCUGGGAACAGCCAUGAUCCCACACCCAGGCACCUCCACGUCUCUCUUCACGCUGCUGCCCUUUCCCCAACCUACCCACGGCCCCGCACCCCAGCCACCCUGGGGGCAGCCCCCUCCACUCCUUCUGAAUGCCGCAUUCCCUCCAGGCAGCCGCCUCGUGCUGCCUGCUGCCAUCCCCAGGAUGCCCGUGGUGGCAGGAGAUGGUGGCUCUGUGCCAACUGGGGCUGGGAAUGUCCACAUCAUAUUCCAGUUGAGGACAGGAGGGCACCCAGUGGAGCCCCCCCACUCUCAGACCUUGGUCUACAACCAAACCCAAAUCAGCCUGAAUGCCCCAGGAGGCCUCUGUGGGCCAGGGCAGAACCCUGCUCCCAUAGCAGUGCCCGGGUCUUCCCUGCAGGCAACAGUGCCUGCACCUCCCAUGGUGGGAACCCAGGCCAGUCAGGGGGGCUGGCCUCUGGGCCUCCCUCCUCCAGCUCCACCACCAGCUGCCCAGCUGGCCCCGAUGGUCUUCCCAGCAAACAACGGGCCACCAUCACAAGGGGCUGACAGGGAGCGCAUCCUGCCUACUCCCAAGGCCCAAGCCUCACCAGACAACCCCUGCAGCUCCACCAGCGUCUAUGAGAACUUCCGGCGCUGGCAGCACUUCAAGGCCCUGGCCCGGAGGCUCCUGCCCCAGAGCCCUGACACAGAAGCUCUGUCCUGCUUCCUCAUCCCCGUGCUGCGGACCCUGGCCCAGCGGAGGCCCACCAUGCCGCUGGAGGAGGGCCUGCGGUUUGCCAUGCGCGAAUGGCAGCACAAGAGCAACUUCGACCGCAUGAUCUUCUACGAGAUGGCAGAAAAGUUCAUGGAGUUUGAGGAAGAGGAGGAGAUGCAGAUGCAGAAGCUGGAGUGGAUGAAGGGGAAACCUUGCCAGCCCCCACCGGUCUCACCACCACUGCUUCCUCAAGGGCCCCCAGCCCCUGUGGCUGUCCAGCAGCCAGGGUGUGCCCCCAGGAAGGCCAGCUCCAAGGCCCUACCUGCCUGUCCAGUGCCACCCAGACACCAGGGGCCUCAGGACAGGACACCCAAGGAGAUCCCGCCAGAGGCCGUGAAGGAGUACAUGGAAAUCAUGGACACGUUGCUGGGGCCAACACCCUUGUCCUUGGAGCCUCCCGAUGGCCACCCAGAAGAGGACACAGAUGAAGGCUUCCUGGAGAAUGAGGGUUCAUACCCAGACCCGGAAAUGCUGUCCUACAUUGACCAUCUAUGCUCCCAAGUGGAUUUUGUCACCAAGGCGGAGGCCAUCAUUCACCCCAGAUUCCUGGAAGAACUGCUUUCCCCAGAUCCACAGCUGGACCUCACGGCCCUGUCCAAGGAGCUGGAGAAGGAGGAAGGGCUGACUGCUGGCCAGGUGAUGGCGAAGCACUGCUCCUUGAAAGAGGAUGGGGCCAUGGGGGCCACCCCCAGUCAUGGUGUGCCCCUACUGAACCCCAGCAAUUCUGAAUCUGGACCCCAACAAAGUGCAGAGAGUGACAACCAGGGCCCCCGCCUUGGGGCCAGAGCUGAGUGCUUCUCCCGGUCGAUGUCUUCCCAAGACCUGCAGAGACAUGCUGUCCCAGACACCCCCCUGUGCAGGCCUGAGGUUAAUGCUGUCUUUAGUGGACAUCGGGAGUGUCCCUCACUGGGGGCCACCGAAGAUGCCAGGAGUUUCAGGGGAGGACCCUCUGUUGGGGGCCCGCACACACCACUGGACAUCUCCAGUGAGAACGAGGAGGAACUUCCCAGUCUCUCCUUCCUCCUGGCCUCCCAGCACCACCUGCUGCCCUUGGGCUUUGCAGGGAGCGAGGCCUCUGCUGAAGACCUGCCCUGCCUUGGAGCUGGGAAUCCUUGCAGAGCACCAAAACCCCUGUCUACCCACAGAAGGGACCCUAGGGGACCCCUCCCACAUGCUGCAAAGUCCAGGAAGCAAGCUCUCCAGGGAGGCCAGGGCCCUGCAAAAAAGAAGCCCUGCCCAGUGCCUCAGCUCAGGGCUUCUGCAGGGCAGGCCCAGGCUCUGGGCUCUGUGGGAAACUCCCAGGCUCAGAAGAGGAAAGGUGACCACUUGGUCACCAGGAGGAGGAAGAAGCAUCAUUCAGCCCACUAGGUGGCACCAGGGCUCUGGGGGCAGCUCCUCCAGGUGCAGCCUGAAGCACAUGGACCCUAACUCUGCCCUGCACCCAAAGUGCUGACCCUGCUGUUCCUCACCACAAGAGGGCGACUCUAGGACACCCGGGUGGAGGGACUGGGGCGAGAGUAUGGAAUCAUCCCUUUGGGACUUAGUUUGUGUAAAUAAAAGAAGUUACAUUGGAAUAGUCUCUGCUCUGCUGCCCUCUGUCCUGGCGUCAGCGGGGUGAGGGCGGUGAGGCAAGACAGAUGGGGAUGCCUGCUCGUGGCUGCACAGGGCCUGACCGACGUCUCCCUCCAGGUUCACAUGCUUCUACCCAGGCUGCUAGUGCCCCGCACCAUCACCGCCCACACGAGCCCUCAUUUGCUCUGGGUCCUCCUGAGCCCCGCUGUCCUUUGUGUCCUAUAAAUGUCUUCCUGGGA